AUGCCUCCAAGGCGUACAUCAACCCGGCGUUGGCGCGCAUUUUCGCCCGAAGAGGGCCUGGGGCUGGACGUGGUUUCCGGCGGCGAGCUGGCCGUGGCGAUGGCCGGGGAAGUGCCGCUGGACCGGGUGUACUUCCACGGCAACAACAAGACGCCGGCCGAGCUGGAAGAGGCGGUGGCUGCGGGCAUAGGCCGCGUCGUAGUGGACAGCUUCCACGAGCUGGACCUGCUGGAACGCAUCUGCGCGGAGGCAGGAAAAUCGCAGGACAUCCUGGUGCGGGUUUCGCCCGGGAUCGACCCGCAUACGCACGCCUACACGACCACGGGAAUCAUCGAUUCCAAGUUCGGUUUCUCCAUUCAAACCGGCGACGCGGAGAAGGCGGUCCAGCAGGCCAUCGCGGCGCCGCACCUCAACCUCCGGGGACUGCACUUCCACCUGGGCUCGCCGAUAUUUGAGCUCGAACCGAGUUCAGCCCCGGGUGGAGGAUUCGCGAUUGCGUACACGCGGAACGACCAGCCGCCGGCCGCGGACGAUUACGCCGAGGCCAUCGUGGGCACGUUGACCGCGACCUGCAACGAGCUGGGCAUGGAACCGCCGGCGCUGGUGGUCGAGCCGGGCCGUUCGAUCAUCGGACCGGCGGGAGUUGCGCUGUAUCGGAUCGGGGCGAUCAAGGAGAUACCGGGCGUGCGCACGUACGUCAGCGUGGACGGCGGAAUGGGCGAUAACAUCCGGCCGGCCCUCUAUCAAGCGUCCUACGAGGUGCUGUCGGCCAACCGGCCAACGGCCGAACCCGACGCCACGGUGACAAUCGCCGGCAAGUAUUGCGAGUCGGGAGACGUGUUGGCCUCAGAUAUUUUGCUGCCGUCGCCGGUGGCGGGCGACGUGAUCGCGAUACCGGCGGCGGGGGCGUACUGCCCGUCCAUGGCGAGCAACUACAACCUCAACCCGCGCCCGCCGAUCGUGCUGGUCAACAACGGAGAAAGCAGGAUGAUCCGCCGGCGAGAAUCCUACGCGGACAUGAUGUUGUGUGACCUGUAG